GCGCGUGCGCGGGUCCCCGUCCCGCCUUUUCCCGCUCGGAUCACUCCGCCCCGCGGGGCGCUCGGCUGAGGUGCCGCAUCACGCCUUUGCGCCCUCCGCGAUGUGGCGCGCGCCCCGAGUGUGGCGCCUGGCGGCGGCGGCGAUUAGCGCGGGCCCUGAGGGCGGCCCCGUGCCGCUGGGCGAGCGGCUGUGCCGGGCCCCGCCCGUGCACUGGGCCGAGGAGGCGCUGCUGUCGCUGCGAGAUGCGGCGGAGCUGCCGUGCUGGGCCGCCAUCGCGGGCGGCGCCGCCCUGCUCCGCACCGCCGUCACCCUGCCUCUCGCCGCCGGGCAGCGCCGUCUCCUCGCCAAGUUGGAAAAUUUGCAGCCUGAGAUUAAAACACUGUCUGAGCGUCUUCGCUAUGAGGUGUCUGUGCGUGGGAAGCAGCUGGGUUGGUCUGAAAAGGUGGCCAGGUUCCACUUCAAGAGAAACCUGCGUCGGAUUGUUACGGAGCUCUAUGUGCGAGACAACUGCCAUCCCUUCAAAGCCACUCUGCUGGUGUGGGUGCAGAUUCCACUGUGGGUCUGCGUGUCCCUCGCUCUGCGCAACUGCAGCACUGGUGCCGCAGGCUCGGAAGUUCAAGAACAGUUUUCCACUGGUGGAGCGCUGUGGUUCAGAGACCUCACAGCACCAGAUUCCACCUGGAUCCUACCAGUUUUGCUCGGGCUGGUGAACUUGCUGAUAGUGGAGCUCUUUGCUUCGCACAAGGAGGUUUCCAGGUUGCAGAAGCUUGCUACGAAUUUCUUCCGGGUACUGUCAGUCGUGAUGAUCCCCGUUGCUGCCACAGUCCCCUCUUCCAUGGCACUGUAUUGGCUGUCCUCGAGCUUUGUGGGACUUGCACACAACCUGCUGCUGCGGUCUCCGGCCUUCCGUCGACUGUGCUGCGUACCACGGACCAGAUUGGACUCGGAUACUCCAUACAGGGAUAUCGUGUCUGCCUUCGCUACCAAAUUUGGUUUUAAGAAAUGAUGUCAUCUGACCUGUCCGGAGAGCUGUCCCACAAACGUGGCGUGGGCAAUUGCGUUUGCUUGAGAUGUACUUAUUUACUGUAAAGUGUGACAGCUGGAGUUAUAUUUAUUUUCCAAAUAAAAUAUUGCCUGGACAUAGUGAGUGAUUGUUCAACACCAGUGGAUGUUUAUUGGGAAGUUUGGCAGUUAGAAUAGUCCAGUAGUGUCUCCUGAAUUAUUGUAAGGAAUUGUACAGAUGAAUAUUAAAUAAACCUGUGACUUGCCUAGGCUGCCUUUGUGUGGUGAAGCGGAUGUGACCUGUGGGCUAUCGAACACCAAAUUCUGAGGUGAGGGAAAAGACCAGAUGGACAGACGCUGUACUUAAUGGUUUGUUUAAUCAAGGUACUGGUGCAGAUUGGUUCGAUAUCCAGGUGGUGCACAUCAUGUUCUUUGUAACAGUUCUGAUGGCUGGUUUCCUGUAGCUGCAAAGUAGAGUCUAAUGGGUAGCCGUCAGUCUUGUGUGCGUUAGAUUUGGAGCUAGCGGGAUGAAUUUCUUGUAUCGUUUCUGGUGAUGACCUGUUGAGUUACAGCACUGUUGCUUUCUGGUCCCUUUUACAUGAAUGAAAUAGAGUAGCAUCUGCUUACAUACUACAUUUAGGCAAGUAGCACCUUGAAACAGAAUGAAUGAUGGUAAUAAACUAAAUAUCUGAAUAUAAGUCCUAAAGGUAAGUGUAAAUGUUUUAUGCCUUAAAGGGCUUGUGUGCAAUAGUUUUACAUGCAAGCAUGAGUGUAAUUACAUGCAGGCACUUCCCAUAAGGACAUUCCGAUUCACAGCUCCCCUUGCUCUACAUCCUAAAUCAUUGUUGGAAAAGGGCUGCCAUGCUUGUUAACUCAGAUAGUUUUGACCUGGAAAAAAGGCUCUUGCCCAGAAGCUUUGCCUCUGUUCUCAGCCAUGGUCGUUACUCUGUCAAAGCAUCUUAUC